AUGGCAGCAGCUGAUUACAUCAGGGAAAUCCAAAAAUCUAAACAAUCCGAUAACAUGAGAUAUCUUCUUAGAUUAAGGGUCUGUGAGUAUAGACAGAGAGGGGAAGUGUUUAGGAUACCACGCCCCACCUUUUUACAGAGAGCACGAACUCUUGGUUACAGAACCAAAGAAGGAAUAUUGUGUUAUAUUGCCAGGGUUAAAAAAGGUAACAGAAAGAGAGAAUACAAUAAUGGUAACACUAGAGGUAAAUGUAAGAAUGCUCGUAUUCAUCAGAUUACUCCAGCUGUAAGGCAUCAGGCCACUGCAGAACAAAUUGUUGGUAAAAGACACCCAAAUCUAAGAGUGUUAAAUUCUUACUGGGUUAAUCAAGAUUUAGUUUAUAAAUAUUUUGAGGUUAUUAUGGUUGAUCCUAAUCAUAAUGCUAUAAGAAAUGAUCCUAAGCUUAAUUGGAUUUGUAAGGGUGUUAUGAAACACCGUGAAUGUCGUGGUCUUACAUCUGCCUCUAAAAAGAGUAGAGGAUUGGGUCAUGGAAUUAAAUAUAAUAAUACAAUAGGAGGAUCAGUUAGAGCAUGCUGGAAGAGGAAUGUUACAACUAGUUUAAGAAGAUUUAGAUAA